CUACAGCCGCCCGCGAAGAUGGCCUCCCCGGCAGUGUCCGGGCUCUCCCGGCAGGUGCGGUGCUUCAGUACGUCUGUGGCCAGGCCGUUUGCCAAGCUGGUUCGGCCUCCUGUUCAGGUAUAUGGUGUGGAAGGUCGCUAUGCCACUGCUCUUUAUUCUGCUGCAUCCAAACAGAAUAAAUUGGAACAAGUGGAAAAGGAGCUUUUGAGAGUAGCGCAAAUCUUGAAGGAACCCAAAAUGGCUGCUUCGAUUUUGAAUCCCUUUGCAAAGCGCUCUGUUAAAGUGAAAAGCCUGAAUGACAUGACCACAAGAGAGAAGUUCUCUCCCCUCACGUCCAACCUGAUCAAUUUGCUUGCUGAGAAUGGUCGCUUGACCAGUACCCCCAGCGUCAUUUCUGCCUUUUCCACCAUGAUGAGCGUCCACCGUGGAGAAGUCCCGUGCACAGUGACCACUGCAUCUCCUUUGGAUGAAGCCACUCUUUCUGAAUUAAAAACGGUCCUGAACAGCUUCCUGAGUAAAAACCAAGUCUUGAAACUGGAAGUUAAGACUGACCCGUCCAUCAUGGGAGGGAUGAUUGUCCGUAUUGGAGAGAAAUACGUCGAUAUGUCUGCAAAAACCAAGAUCCAGAAGCUGAGCAAGGCUAUGCGAGAGGUUUUCUAAGUGUGGAUUUUUCUGUCAGUGAAAAUCCUUAUACUUGGAGCAGCAAUAAAGUGCUUCCUGAACAGAA